CGCUGCUAGCUUCACUUUGAGAUUCGUCAGUAUGCCUGGACGGCAACUAAUUGUUUUCGAUUUCGACUGGUCGCUCGCCGAUCAGGAUACGGACCGAUGGGUUAUGGAGGUGCUGGCUCCGGAUCUCAGGCGCAAGAUGAAGACAGACAAAGACGUCGUGCAAUGGACUGAUCUGGUGGCACGCUCGUGCCGUGACCUCCAUGGAAGGGGGGUCAAGCGCGCCGAGAUCGAGCAUACCCUUGAAAUCAUGCCAUUUCAUCCAGCCAUGGUUCGCGGCGUGAACAAGCUCAAGGUGUCGCAGGACCCCAAGACUACGUUUUUCUGUCUCAGCAAUGCUAAUGAGGUAUUCAUCAAAACGAUACUCAAGUCGAAAGGUCUUGAAACGCUCUUUGACGAAAUAGUUACCAACCCUGCCCAUUGGGAAGACGAACUUCUCGCCAUCCGCCGGCGUGUAUCCCCGGACGGUCCCCAACACUCAUGCAAAGUAGGGUGCAGCCCAAACAUGUGUAAAGGCGAGGAACUCACAGCCUUCCUCGAGCGCCAUCAGCCGGGUUUCGACCGCAUAAUCUACGUCGGCGACGGCGGGAACGACUUUUGUCCUGCGCUCCGUCUGCGCGCCCAAGAUCUAUUGUUGUGCCGACGCUACCGCGGCCUCGAGCAGCGCAUCGCGAAGGAAAACAAGAAGAUCGAGGAGGCGCUCGCAGCUGGUGAGACGCGCAGCGAUGUGGAGAUGGAAGGUUUAAAGUUGAAGUGUGGCGUGAAAUAUUGGGCGGGCGCGUGGGAGGUGGAGGAGAUUUUGGGCGAGCUCGCAGUUCCAAUUCAAUGAAGAUGUAUCUAUGCGAGUAAUGAUCUAGUUAAGAAGAAUAUCCAGAAAUCAACUUGAUGAUCAGGCA